GUGGUGGCGGUUGGGUGGGGGGAUUAUUCCAUAGCUAUGGAGAAUGAACCAAGCACAGCAGUAUCUUCCACGUGCACAACCACCAUCACUACUACGUCAUCCCCUUCUCGUACACAGCCGCCUCAGAUAUCUGUCUAUAGUGGCGCAGAUCGACAUGCUGUGCAGGUUAUUCAGCAGGCCUUGCAUCGUCCCCCUAGUUCUGCGGCGCAGUACCUGCAGCAGAUGUACGCCGCUCAGCAGCAGCACCUGAUGCUACAGACGGCGGCCUUGCAACAGCAGCAUUUGAGCAGCACUCAGUUCCAGAGCCUGGCCAGCGUUCCACAGGCAAACCUGUCAGGUGGGAGGCAGUGUGCAUCCCCCAAUGGCAGUGUCACUCAGCAGUCAAGCAUGUCAGAGACCUCGAUUAAUCUUUCUGCUUCUCCUACACCUGCGCAGCUAAUAAGCCGUUCACAGACCUCGAACAGCAGCAGCAGCAGUCUGACCCAACAGACCAUGCUACUGGGGAGCACCUCCCCUACUCUGACUGCAAGCCAGGCUCAGAUGUACCUACGUGCUCAAAUGCUGAUUUUUACACCUGCUACCACUGUGGCGGCUGUCCAGUCUGACAUCCCUGUUGUCUCAUCGUCCUCUUCGUUCCCCUGUCAGUCUGCAGCUACUCAGGUUCAGAAUUUGACGCUGCGCAGCCAGAAGUUGGGUGUGCUGUCCAGUUCACAGAACGGCUCCCCAAAAAGCAGCAGUCAAGCCCAGGCAUUGGCUGUGUGUCCUAACAAACCUAUAACCAGUACCAAAGCCAGCCAGUCAGAUCCUCUAGAAAGUAAAAGAAAAGGAGACAGUCCGACUGCGGAGCCUCGAAGUCCGGCUGUCACGCGAACAUCAAGCAUUCAUCAGCUCAUAGCACCAGCUUCCUAUUCUCCGGUUCAACCUCAUCCUCUAUUAAAGCAUCAGCAAUCCCCUGUUCACUCCCCGCCUUCAAAAAUGUCCCACCAUCAGCUGAUCUUCCAACAGCAGCAAGUCCAACCAAUCACGCUCCAGCUUCCUCCCAGCCAGGAACCGUCCCCCUCGCAGCACUGUGUGCCGCUCCCAGGCCACGCCCUCCCUCCACCUCCCAGCAGUGCCCCGUCACCACAUUGUGCACCUGCUCAGAUCCAUCCCCCUCCUCCAACACUGUCUCCACCUCCACUCCUGCCUUCGCAGCAAUCGGUGGUGGUCUCCCCUCCGCCUCCUCCUUCGCCCAGCCAGUCGCCCACAAUCAUUAUCCACCCACAGGCUCUCAUCCAGUCACAACCGCAUCCUUUGGCGGCGGCAGUGCUUCAAUCCGAGCAGAACCCGGUGCAGACUGGCGACAGUUCGACAGAACCUGCGUCGCAGCCUGUUAAUCUUCCGUCCCAGCUCCCACCUUCCCCGAUAGCCCACGUCGGAGCUGCAGGUCAGCCUGCUGCGGUGUCCUCAAGCCACCAGAUGACCUCUCCGACGCCACACCAGCAAUAUCCGGUUUUGCAGCCCACGCCGAUCUCGGUGGCAACUUCUCCACGGCUGUCAGCAUCUCCGGCCCAUCAUCAACCACUCCCUCUUCCGCCUGUGCCGUCUUUACAGCCCGAGAUUUUGUCCCAGGGCCAGGUGUUGGUGCAGAAUACGUUGGUUUCUGAGGAGGAGCUACCUGCUGCUGAAGCUUUGGUCCAGUUGCCAUUUCAGACUCUUCCUCCUCCCCAGACAGUUGCAGUAAACCUUCAAGUACAACCAGCAGUACCUGUUGAGACCCCAGUGUACAGACCCCAUCUGAAGUCUUUUAGGAUUUAUCAAGUGGAGGAUAUGUGUGAGGAAGAGAUGCCGGAGGAAUCCGAAUGUGUCCGCAUGGCGAGGACCCCGACCCCACCAACCUUGUCGCCACCAGCCAUCACCUUACACAACAGAGACGAGCUUACAUAUGAGGAGCCUUUUUCAGAACAAGAGGGACAUUCUUCAGUGGCCUCAUCAGUCAGCGCUUCUGUAAUUAAAUCACCAUCAGACCCUUCACAUGCCUCUAUUCCACUACCACCUCUUUUGCUUCCGGCAGUCGCGACCAGGAGUAACAGCGCAUCAAUGGCCAAUAGGAACCCUAGCGUAGAAAACAAGCCUCCACAGGCUAUCGUUAAGCCACAAAUCCUGACCCAUGUUAUUGAGGGCUUUGUGAUCCAAGAGGGGUUAGAACCAUUUCCUGUAAGUUGUUCAUCUCUUCUGGUUGAUCAGCCUCCCAAAAAAAGACUCCUGGUGGAGGGCCAGGUGAUGAAUGUCAUGUGUGUUGAGCCCGAGCGACAGAACAAUGCAAAACAUGCCGAUAAUUCCUCAGAUACUGAGGUGGAGGACAUGAUCACUGAAGAGGGACUAGACGAAAUGGAAACUGAUCUCCUUAAGUGCGAGUUUUGUGGGAAAAUGGGGUACGCAAACAAGUUUCUGCGGUCAAAGCGCUUCUGCACCAUGUCCUGUGCCAAAAGGUACAACGUCAGCUGCAGUAAGAAAUUUGGAUUGUACGCAUCAGACAAGAGCAGCCGUUGGAGCCGGAGCCCAGAUAGCCAAAGCCUGAGCCGACGCGGGCGUCGGCCCAGCGGCUCUGACGGAUCUUCAAGAGAGCACUUCCUUAGACAGCUUCCGAUUACUUAUCCAUCUGCAGAAGAAGACUUGGCUUCUCAGGAGGACAGUGUGCCGGUCGCUAUGACCACUCGCCUGCGACGGCAAAGUGAGAGGGAAAGAGAGCGUGAACUUAGAGAGCUGAGGAUUAGGAAGAAGACAGACAGCAUGGAUCUGUUACCAGCGGUGCAAUCUGACCCAUCCCUGUGGACAGUUGAAGAUGUUUGGGGCUUCAUACAUUCUUUGCCUGGUUGUCAGGAUAUUGCUGAUGAAUUUCGAGCCCAGGAGAUCGACGGGCAGGCUCUUCUGUUAUUAAAAGAGGAUCAUCUCAUGAGUGCAAUGAAUAUUAAGCUAGGACCGGCACUGAAGAUUUGUGCACGGAUCAAUUCCUUGAAGCAAUCAUAGUGGAGAACUGAGGUUUAAACAGCGGCUUCCACCAGAUG